AUGUCCAAGAGUAGAGUCGCGCCGCUGAAACCGCUCACUAUUCCGCGAUUAGAACUUCAGGCAGCAGUCAUGGGCAGUAGGCUGGCUGAAACAAUUAUCACACAGCACACUCUGAAGAUACGAAAAAGAAUCUUUUGGACCGACUCGACAACAGUGCUAAAUUGGAUCCGAUCGGAUGCAAGGAAGUAUCAGCCAUUCGUAGCGCAUCGGCUAGCUGAGGUACUAGACUUGACUUCGGUAAAUGAGUGGAGGUGGGUACCGACGAAGAUUAACGUAGCCGACGAUGCGACUCGGGAUACGGAACACAUUGAAAUAGAUUCUUCCUGUCGAUGGUUCACGGGUCCGGAAUUUUUAUUAAAAAAAGAACAAGAGUGGCCGCAAGAGACUUCGAAGUCAGCAGUUUCGAAGGAAGCAGAGAAGGAACUCAAACGAGAGUUUGUACUUUUUCUUGACGAACAGCAGCUACCUCUUAUAAAUUUUUCCAGAUUUACCUCAUGGACCAGACUGAUCUGCACGAUGGCGAGAGUUUUUCGCUUCAUACAGAAGUGUCGUGGCAAAAAAGGAAUAGGAGGCAGGGAACUGACAGCACCCGAAAUUGAAAAAGGUGAAAAGGAAGUACUGAAAAUAGCACAAGGCAAGGAUUUCGCGGACGAGCGAAAACGGCUGCAGCAGAAUAAAGAGCUUCUACCUACUUCGAAGAUCCGGGAACUUUCACCAAAGCUGGAUGAGGACGGACUACUGCGAAUGAACGGCAGGAUAAAAAACAACGCGUACAGUCAAUCCGUGCGGGAGCCUGUCAUUCUAAAUGGCGGAAACCCAAUUGUGCAGCUCCUGAUCGCAUUCUACCACGAGAAAUCAGGACACAUUGGGCGAGAACGAGUAAUAAAUGAUCUUCGUUCCAAGUACUGGAUCACGAAGAUCCGAAGCGCAGUAAGAGCCCAGGGGUACAAUUGCCUGACCUGCAGACAACGGAAGGCAAAGCCUAUACAACCGGAAAUGGCUCCAUUACCCGACAUGAGAACUGAUUCUUUCAUCGAACCCUUUACCAAUACAGGAGUGGACUACUUUGGCCCAUUCCAGGUGACGAUAGGAAGAAGGCAUGAGAAGAGGUACGGUGUAUUAUUCACUUGCCUAAAUGUACGAGCUAUACACCUAGAGCUUGCAAACUCUUUAUCAACGGACUCUAUGAUCAUGGCCUUGAGACGUAUGAUCAGUCGUCGAGGAAAACCGACUAGACUCUUUUCAGACAAUGGCACCAAUUUCGUUGGCGCAAAUAUAGAACUGAGAAGAGCGCUAGAGGAGUUCAACCAGGACGAGAUAUUGCGACAAACUGCCAUCAUGGAGUAG